UAGGGAUUAGUUAAAUACACAGGUCUGCAUAACAACCUCGUUGCUCACUUGGUCUGCAGAAAAAAUAGAUUUCCCAACUUACAACUUGGGAUAUUAGUGAGCAGCCUACCUUAGUGACUACCAUGGGAGUAGGUGUUUUGGUCAGCCUGUUAUGUGUUGUUUGCCUGCCCGCAGCACUGGCACAGUAUGGGGGGUAUGCCGGAUACGGAGGCUGUCCACAGUGUUGGGAUAAAACAAAUGAGUUGCAUCCGAUGGUGCUAUUCUGUAAAGCUAAGUAUGCUCUCAAGAUAAGGGCCGAACAACAAACAGGAAACACAUUCGUGGUAUCAGUUAUAAAGGAUUUCAAAAACAACCUACCUAUUCAUGGAAAAUUUACAAUUUACACCGAUUGUCCAUCUUACUUCAAAGUCAAAAAAACGUAUAUGAUACUCGCAGGCGGGAGUUCCUUCGGCUACGGAGGGUUUUCUCUUAGGAUGGAGGCAUGCGACUUUAAAGUGUUAUCCAAGGACCUCGCAUGCACACAAAGGACUGCUUUCGGUAAUGGUGGCUACGACUGCGAAUGUGUUGAUAUGUGUGUGGCUGGUAAACCAGGCGAGUAUGUUCCGGAUUACCAGGUGAAAUGCUUCAACAGUUAUGUUUUAUGUCAGAAGUAUCAUCGUGAUCCAUCUGCCAAAUGCUUAAAGUUCUUCCAUCACUACUAUAGGCCAUGCCUUUCUAGCCGAGGGAAUGGUUACAGAUGAGUCAACAGUCGUUUAACCAUCUGUCACACAACUCAACGACAAGCUACAACAUAUGAUAAGGGUACAGGGGGUCGUUUUGGAUUGAGAUGUAUCUGUCGGAUUUUAUGUCCAUCAAAUACAAUAAAAUUCAAAAGUUUGUGAAAUUCAAUAAAAUCUUUGCUUAUGUU